AUGCAUAAUAGAAUAGAUAACGAAGGGAAGAAUUCUAAUUCAGAAGACACCUUUCUCUCCACAGAAGAAGUAGAUGCAUUAGUUGAAAAUUAUAGAUUAACAAUAGAAAAUAUGACAUUAGAAGGUGAAUAAUUAAAACCCAAAAUAGAAGAGGGGAAAUAAAAGCUAGCUAGUUUAGAAUAGCAUAAAAGUUUAUUAGAUAAAGAUAUGAAUGAGUAUAAACAUAAAAUUGAAACGUAUCAACCAAAAGUAUAGGAAAUUUUAGAAAUCUAAAAAGGUUACUAUUAGAAAAAUGCAAAAAUAAAUUAGAUUUUUAAAAAAUAUAAAAUUGGACAUCAUGAUUAAAAAAUAAAUACAAAUGCUAAUUUUGAAAAAGCGAUUAAGUCAGAACCUCUCAUAGAAUUGGAAGAAAAAAAAUCUAACAACUCUAAUUAAGAUUUUACUUAGGACCAUGAUUUUUAGUUUGUUUAAAAUUUAGUAAAAUCUGGCGAUAGCAAGCUGAGCUAAUAAGAUAAAGAUAACUUAAACGCAGCUUUAUAAAUGUUCAUAGCAGAAUCUGAAUAGCAAGUAUAGAAUGAAGCAAAGCUUGAAAAACUAUUUUCUGAUACUUUAAACAAAAGGGAAGAAGUUUUGAAAAAAGAAUCAAAACUUUUAGUUAUUUAGUAUUGUAUCCACUGUAAGUAGAGAUUUUCUCCUCUAUGUAAUGAAGAAGGCUCUUGUAUUUAUCAUUAAGGGAACUUGAAAUUUUAUAGUUGUAGAACAUGUGGAGGCGAUGAAUAUUAUAAUUGUUGUGGCAAAUGUCUAAAGUGUUCUAAAGGAUGUGGCAAAGGCAAACAUGCUGCUAAAGAAAAAGUAUAUAAAAAUGAAUUAACUCCAUAAUCUAAACCUAAAUCUGUAAGCUUAAAUAAUAUAAGUAAUAACGAUUUCUAUUAAAUAACUUUUGAAAGUUUACAGUUUAUACCAAAAAAGUGA